AUGGGCUACACCCUGUACUACUUCGAGCUGCGCGCCGUCGUCGAGCCGAUCAGGCAGCUGUUCAAACUCGCUGGGAAGGACUUUGAGGACAAGCGCUUCACCUUCCCGGAGUGGUUGGGAGAGAACUCGCCCAAGAAGACCAUGCCCUUCGGCCAGCUUCCGGUUCUCGAGCUUGCCGACGGCACCAAGUUGGCCCAAUCGCAAGCCAUCGCCCGCUACCUGAGCAAGGAGUUUGGAGGAAUCCUCUGGGGCUCAAACAACGUCGAAGCCGCUGAAAUUGAUGCCCUUAUCGAUCAAUACAAGGAGUACUACAACGAGAUUCGCAAAUUCUACUACACUAACAUGGGUGUAAUGCAAGGAGACUUGGAAGAACUCUACAAGGACGUCUUCCUCCCCGCCGCCGAAAAAUUCUACGGAUUCAUCGAGAAGAGGCUCGACGCGUCGAAGAGCGGAUUUUUGGUCGGUUCCGAGCUCUCCUACGCCGAUCUUCUCGUGGCUGACCAUCUCGUAACCCUGCAGAAUAUUAAGCCCGAAUACCUCAAGGACCAUCCCAAGCUUACCGCCUACAAGGAAAAAGUGUAUUCCAACGAGAUUCUCAAGAAAUGGCUGGCUGAACGCCCGGAGACCGCUAUG